AUGAUGAACUUUUACCACACCAACACAACUUUUUGUACAUCAUUAGAACUUUUUCCAUAUCAAGAGAACUUUUUCUACACCAACAGUCCUUCUACACCAACAGACCUUCCACACCAACAGACCUUCCACACCAACAGACCUUCCACACCAACAGACCUUCCACACCAACAGACCUUCCACACCAACAGUCCUUCCACACCAACAGACCUUCUUCCACAUCAACAGACCUUCUACACCAACAGACCUUCUUCCACACCCAACAGUCCUUCACAACAGACCUUCUUCCACACCAACAGACCUUCUUCCACAUCAACAGACCUUCCACACCAACAGACCUUCUUCACACCAACAGACCUUCCACCAACAGACAUUCCACACCAACAGACCUUCCACACCAACAGACCUUCUUCCCACACCAACCCUUCCACAUCAACAGACCUUCCACACCAACAGACCUUCUUCCACACCCAACAGACCUUCCACACCAACAGACCUUCCACACCAACAGACCUUCCCACCAACAGACCUUCUUCCACACAGACCUUCCACACCAACAGACCCACAGACCUUCCACACACCUUCCACACCAACAGACCUUCCACCAACUCCACAAAACAAUACUCUCGAUACUUCACAUUUUUCCUUCCCAGUUUACUGAAAGAAGUUAAAGUUGAAAAGUUGGAUUGCUAG